AUGAAGUUUUUGCUGAAAGUUACAAGAAAAUUAUGCGAUAUUACGAGCAACAAGGUCACAUCAUUUAUCAAAUCAAUCUCAAAGGUGUAUGAUCCUCUGGGAUACCUUUGCCUACUUUCUGUCCGAGCUAAGCUUCUAUUUCUACGAACUUGGUCUGAAAAAGCAGCUGAUUUGGAUACACGCUUGACUGAAAACAUAACCCAUGAGGGGAUAAAGCUGAAGUGUGAUUUUCAAAACAAGAUCACGAGAUACUUAGGCGACAAGAAUCAUUUCGUGUUCCAUGGAUUUUGCGAUGCGUCCGAAAAGGCUUACGCUAGUGCUAUUUACGCAGUUACAGAAAAUCAUAAGGACGAGUUCAUAACGACGCUGUGA